CUGCUUGUGAUUGACAUCCGUGCUUGGCCAAUAGGCAGCCGAGGAGGCCCUCCGCGUGCUUCCAAUGCUUGCACGGGAGGGGGCGGGCACACCCUCCCUCUUCCAACCCCCACCCCGCUUCAAGUUCAAAAGUGGGGCGCGCCGCUCGCAAACUGAGAGUGCCGGGACAUCAGUCGGCGUGGACUCACACCUGCAGGCCCCCCCCCCACCGCCGCCCUCAACCGUGUCGUUUUUUUUUUUUUUUUUGUUCUCUGCUGACAUGUUGUGCUCGCUUCUCCUCCUCUCCCUCUCAGCGGCCGGCGUCGAGCUUUACGCGCAGCCGCCGCUUUACGCGGCGCGCUCGGAGCUCCCGGAGGACGCCAUCCUGGUGGCCAACAACGGCAUCCGCGUGCCGCUGGGCCGGGCCGUCUUUGUGGACCCGGUGGACGACCUGGUGCUGCAGACGCGGCCGGGCGAUGCCUGCAGCCUGACGGUCCUGGACCACGACCCGCUCGCCCGACGCCCCGGCCGCCUCUCGCCCGAGAAGUUCCCGUGCGAUUUCGGCCCCGGGGACGUCGCCUACACCCACUACGGGGCCGAGAGUCCGCCGCUGGAUCGGGUGCGGCUGCAGCUGCGCUACGACGCGCCCGCGGAGACGGUGGUCAUCCCCUUGGUGAUCGAGGUGCGGGUGGACUUUACGCCGCUGGAGGUGCUGACCAAGAACACGCCGCUGAGCGUCACCCGCCCGAGGGGCACCAGCGACGCCGUGGACGGCGAGAUCUUGGCCUUCACCUUCGACCGGGAGGUCUACGCGUGCCAGGCCGUGUCGUUGGCGGGCAGGAGCGCCCUGCCGCGCUACGGCCGACUGCUGGAUGGCGGGAAGCCCUUCCGGACGGCGGACUGCGACCGGCUCACCCGGGCCGACAUCCGCUACCGGCACACCUUCCGGGGGCCCUCGCCCGACCGGGACCGCGUCCCCAUGGCGGUGGAGCUCCGGGACCGAGAAGGCACCCUGGUGAAGCGGGAGCAUUUCCAGCUGACGGUGCACAUCGGCCACGGCCGGGAGAACACGGCGCCCAGGCCCAGUUUGGCGGCCAGCAUGACGAUGGAGGUGAGCCAGUUCGCCAUGACGGCGCUGACGCCCGAAAUGCUGGCGGCGGAGGACGCCGAGGCCGACCCGGGGGACUUGGCCUUCAACGUCACCUCGCCGCUGUCGUACGAGGAGGGCUACAUGGUCAGCACCGACGACCAGAACCUGCCCGUCACCUCCUUCUACCAGCGGGACCUGCGGGACCUCAAGAUCGCCUACAAGCCGCCCUCGCUGGAUGCCCACAGCGAGCGGAUCUUCCAGUUGGAGUUUGAAGCGGUGGACCCGGAGGGAGCCGCGUCGGACCCCUUUGUGUUCACCAUCGUGGUGAAGCCCCUCAACCCGCUGGCGCCGGCGGUGACCCGCAACGCCGGUCAGCUGCUGUACGAGGGCCAGUCCCGGCCGCUGGUUACCGGCGGCAACCUGGAGAUCGCCGACGAGGACGACCCGGAGGCGGUGUGGAUCGCGGCGGUGGGCGGCUUGCGCCACGGCAUCCUGCUGGUACGGGGGCGCCGCGGCCACGCCUUCGCCGCCGCCGACUUGGCGGCCGGCGCGGUGGCCUACCGGCACGACGGCAGCGACACGCACAGCGACAACAUCGUGUUCCGCGUGACGGACGGCAAACACCGCGUGGAGUUCCUCUUCCCCGUCACCGUGGUGCCCACGGACGACGAGCCGCCCGUCGUCGGCGUCAACGCCGGCCUGGUCCUGUCCGAGCGGCGGAUGGCGUCCGUGUCGCCGUUGGCGCUCGCCGCCGUCGACGUCGACUCGGACGACGCCGCCGUUCGAUUCACCGUGGUCCCGCCCUAUUCCGCCGUCGGCGCCUUGCUGCUGAGGCAGUCGGACGCCCCGGCGGACCCGUCCUCCUGGAAAUUCAACUCGGAGGACGACGUCUACGAGAAGGAGGUCCGGGAGUGGCUCCAGAGGGACAUCACGGAAGGGAGGCUGUUUUACAAGCACGUGGGGCCGCGCAACACGGAUACCGUCACCGACCGCUUUGUCUUUACGCUCCGGGACGACAACGACCCCCCCAACGAGUCGGGCCGGGCUACCUUUGAGAUCCGGGUGUUGCCCGUCGACACCGUCCCGCCUGAGCUGCACUCGGAGUCGGCCGUCGGAGUCGGGCUGCGCUUGGGCGUCCCGGAAGGGGGCAAAAACGCCAUCGGUCCUCAGCACCUGAACGUCAACAACCUGGAGCUGGAAGACGGUGAGACCAAAGACCUUUUUGGCGCGCGCGCACACAGCACAACACAACAGACUCUCAGUUGCUCUUUUUGUUGUGUGGCGCGCGUGGCAGGCGGCGACAAGCGGACGGGCCAGCGGUCAAGCGCCGAGCGGUGCCGGAUCUCGCUGGAGAAGGACUCGUACGUGGUGGGCGAGGGCGACGUCUUCGUGGAGGUGCUGCUGAGGCGGAGGGGCUACCUGGGUCACACCUCCUUCGUAGGCAUCGCUACUCGGGACGGCAGCGCCGAGGAGGACCGGGACUUCCGGGGCGUUCCCCGCGGGCAAGUCCGGUUCGACCCGGGCCAGACCGGGGCCUCCUGGCGGGUCCGGAUCCUCGCGGACGGCGAGUACGAGCGGGCCGAGACUUUCCAGAUCCUUCUGUCGGAGCCCGUCAUGGCGACGUUGGAAUUCCCCGCUGCCGCCACCGUGGAGAUCCUGGACCCCCGUGACGAUGUGGCGUCGAGGCGGGCGGGACCCCAGCGCGUCGCCCACGUUGAGGUCCCGUCUGACAACGCGACCGAGAGGACGGAAGCCUUCGCGCCGUACCCGGAGCCCGACGACAACACGGCGGACGUGGGGGAGGCCCACGUCACCUUCCCGUCCCGGCCUCACGUGCUCUCGCUGCUCCAUUAUGACCGCCCGGCCGCCGCCGACCCGCAGCCGCCCGCCGGCUAUCCCGUCAUAUGCGUCACCGCCUGCAACGCGCGCCACCCAGACUACGAGAAAACGGGUUCCGCCUGCGUCGGCGAGCGGAUCGACGACGCCCAGACGCGCUACCACUGGCUCGUCGGCGCCCCCGCCGGGCCUGCCGGCGUCGCCGCCCCCAUGAGGGUGCUCGACUUGGACACCUUCUUCACCUCCUCCGAGGCCAUCACGCUGGACUCGAUCUACUUCCAGGCGGGCUGGCGGGUCCAGUGCGCCGCCCGGGCCGUCGACUCCAACGGUGACCAGGGCCCGGAGCUCAGCAGUCCCAUUGUCACCAUCAGCCGGGAGGAAGGUCAGGCCAACAUCAUUCACGUCGCCCUGAAUCGCUUCAAACGACCGUCGGCCCCCGACGGGGCGGAGGCGGGCGAGCCGACGGGCGGCGAGAGGGCGGAGGGUGCGGCGGCCGUGGCGGAGGCCUUGUUGGGCGUGCUGCUCCUGGUACUGACCGGCGGCAUCCUGACGUUGGCCUGGCGCUCCGGAGCCAAGUGCGACAUCGGGCGGGAACGAGGGCGGCGGGACGACGAAUGGGAAACCGUCAAAGGUUCGCUGAGCUCAGAGCCCAUCUUGGUGGUCAGGAUGCAGCGCUCCCACGACGGCUACGUGGUCUGACACCCAUCAAAGGAUACCGGAGAAGGAUUUCACGUCUUCUCUCUUGCUUUUCCGUACAUUUCUUUCAUAGGCUGACUUUUUUUUUUUUUAGGUGCAUGGUGCUGUGGUACGAGGGCGUAUGUAGGCCACGCCCCUAAGGGAAAACCAUAAAAAUAGGUUUGUUUAUUUUAAAGAUAAAUGUUACAGGUUUUAAAUCCGUAUUCACGUGAAAAAAAAGCUAAAAUAUUACAACACUGUCAGAAAAAAAACUUUCAACUAAUUAAAAAAAAAGAACGUAAAAAGUCAACAUUUGAACUGCACAGGUUUUAUGAAAGAAAGUCAAGGACUGCAUUUAUUACCAGGCGUGAUGGCAAAACCAAAUCAAGAGAUUGGUUGUUACAUUCAAGCUCUCAUUUACGUUUUGUAUCUCACAUUUGAACGGAAUUGUGGGCUUCUGUCAUUUAUCUAUUCAUCACUAUUUUCCAGUUGUCUGUUUUCCCGGUGUGUCGUUUCAUCACGUCCUUGUCAGUGUGUCGACUUGGAGCUUUUAUGACUUGUUUUUUAAUUAAAUGUAUUUAUUCGAAUACAUUUGGACACUUUGCUGGU